UCCCGACAGACACCAGAAGGAGAAUUUCUGCCAUUGGACCAGUGCGAACUGGAUGUUGGAUUUGGAACUGGAGCUGACCAGCUAUUUUUAGUUUCCCCAUUAACCAUCUGCCAUGAAAUUAACUCAAAGAGCCCCUUUUUUUGUCUCUCACAAAGAUCACUAAGAAGCGAGCAAUUUGAAAUAGUUGUCAUCCUUGAAGGAAUCGUUGAGACUACUGGAAUGACGUGUCAAGCUAGGACCUCGUAUACCGAAGACGAAGUUUUUUGGGGUCACAGAUUCCUCCCAGUAAUGUCCCUAGAAGAUGGCUUUUUCUGUGUAGAUUAUUCUCAGUUUCAUGCUACAUUUGAAGUCCCCACUCCUCCUUACAGUGUUAAAGAACAAGAAGAAAACCUGUCCCUGUCAUCUCCUUUGAAUAGUCCUGUCGAUAAUAACGAAACUAGAAGAGAACAUGUUUGCUCACUUGACUGUAUUGAUAGUGCAGGAGAGAAAAACAAGCUCCCGUUUAAACUUCAGAAGAUUAGCUCAAUAAAGGAAGACCUUCCAAACAGCCUGAGAAUGGGUUCCAGUAACACAGAGAAGACUUGCAGUACCGGAGAUCUCUUGAAAAUUCAAGAAAUAAGUCCCAUCUCUGACAGCGAAGACAGUGAUAAGAGGAUACAGCUGAAAGCCUUAAAAAUAAAUGCCGAGGCUUUGACUCAGUCUACUGGCGAUCUUGAGUUACAGAAGAACCCUCCAAGUAUGUGCGCUCUACAGGUGAAAUUGGAAGAUAAUUUUCCUGACAAACUUGGAAAAAUGAGCUUUCAUCACCUCUCUUAA